CAACCAUCUUUGUACUUCAAGAGAGACUUUUUCAGCCUUGCACUUGCAGCAAAAUGGCUGCCAACGCCAGAUACGAACCAGCUCCUCAAAGGGACUCCUUCGAGGACCAACCCUACCCUCAGGCCCCGCCAUCUUAUCAGGCAACCGCGAGCAGUGAUGCGCCUCGCAGAGAGGACGACAAUGUCCCCGACGACUUCAAGUUUGGCGGCACCGUUGCGGAGGGCACCCUGCCCAUCCGUAUGCAGUUCAUCCGCAAGGUCUACGCGAUCCUGACCAUCCAGCUCCUUCUCACAACAAUUAUGAGCUCCAUCUCUUUCUUCAGCGAGAGCUACCGCCUCUGGAUCCAGUCCAACUUCUGGCUCAUGAUGGUCUCCGUCUUCGGCGCGCUCGGCUUCAUGCUCGUCACCUACUGGAAGCGCAAAAGCUACCCCGCCAACCUCCUCUUCCUCUCCGGCUUCACUCUGCUAGAAGCCUACUCCAUCAGCGUGGUGACCUCCUUCUAUGACGCGCGCAUCGUCGUCCAAGCGCUCAUCCUCACCCUGGGCAUCUUCGUCGCGCUCACCCUGUUCGCCUGCCAGACCAAAUACGACUUCACCAACUGGAUGCCCUACCUCACCGCGGAGCUGAUCUACGGUGGCCUGGCGGCGUUGAUCUUCUCGGCUUAUAUUCUCGUUGAUACUCAGCUGGUUAUGCGCCACUACCACGUUGAGGAGGAGAUUGCCGCUGCGAUCUCGCUUUACCUGGACAUCCUCAACCUGUUCCUGGCUAUUCUGCGGAUUCUGAACAACCAGAAUAAUCAGUAAGUAAUUUCGAUAUGGAUACAUCGUACGCGGUGGCCACCUGUCGAAUUUAAAGAUGGUCAAAGCACGCUCUAUACUCAAUCUCGCCAAUGAUCUAGCAAUAACGAAUUGAAGAUGACAGCACUAUUGGCGAUUUAAUCUGCAACGUUCCAGGCUAACUACCAAACCCCAACUAUUUUCACAUUCGCUCCCCUUGACCAUGAAUUUCUCACGUAUUCUAUUAAUGAGUGUCCCCCUUGCACUCUGUUUUCGUUCUCCUUUGCUACAGUCGGGGGCUCCAAUGAUGAUCGAAUCUCCAUCAUAAUAAGAAUCAGGCAAUUCUUACUUAUGUGACCAGUACCGUCAAGAAUAGCAGCUUAUAUUCAGAAUAUCAAGCAAUAAUUUGUGACAGAUACACGGUAUGCAAGCUUACAUGAAUGACCC